GUCCACCCAACUUCGCCUCUCUCUUUUGGAUAUUCUCCCAGCCCGUGUUGUCUCCCACCAGAUGCUUACGACAGUGUGGACUCUAGCUUUCUGUUGACUGUCUUCAAGCAACUUCCAAUCAUUUCACUUAUCCAUUCGCUUCGCUUAAUCAUCUGAUAACCCCCCCUGCUUUUGCCACUGCUGGCGGUUCAUCUGUUUGCGUGUUUCAUCCACGUUACAUUCAUUCCACAACCACAGCCCCUGCGUCAAUCUCACUCAAGGCAUCCCAAACGGCCUUCCAAUGUAUCCUCAGACGCCCAUAGGAUACUCGGGGCCAAUGGUGUUUGGCCAUGGCGGCCCCAACCCUGGGGACGGGAUGGACGAGUACUAUGCCAGUAUGCCGCCUCAGUGGACCGGCAUUGAUACUUCCCCUUACGCUAGUGUCAGCCAUCCUUAUACCACCGCGGCCGCCUUUCCGACUGGAGCCAUCCUGACUCCAAUCAGCCUUCCCGACAGCUCUUUCAGGCCAAGUCCGGUACUCAGCCAUCAUUCGCAAGAAUUUCACUACAGCGUGCCCGAGUCCGUGCCGUCACACGGACUGGGCAUUACAGCACCCUUUCCCAGCACGUUCCCCCGCACGGUUACUGCAGGUUUAGGACAUGCCUCCGAGGAACCCGAAUUUAAUUUCAGUGAAGCCACCCUGUCACCCCAACCACCCCCGGCGAAGAGGGCCCGACGCGGGCCCAAGCAGGCGAUCACGCCCCGGGAAGCUCCGGUUACAAUUCUACCCAACCCCGAAGGGUUGCAGCGCCUAGAGCAAGCGCGGCGACAAGGAACCGGUGAAAACAGUCAGAGGCCUCGGGCCCCGGGCCGGGGACGGAGGGACCCACAAGCGGAGGAGGAAGACGCCUUUGUGGAGCGACUUCGGGAGCAGAACCUAGCCUGGAAAGUCAUCCGGGAGAUGUUCCGGGAGAAGUUCCAUAAGGAUGCGUCGGAGGCGCGGCUGCAGAUGCGCAUGCUGCGGCGACGAAAGGAGCGGUUGGCGCGAUGGGAUGAAAACGAUGUGAGUACGUGCGCCACAGCAGUCGCAAAUUGUCAACUAAUUAACGAUCAAGUCAUCCAGAUUCGAUUGCUCAUGAGAGCACGGGAAUACUAUGAGGAUGAGAAGUACAACGUGAUUGCACAGAAGGUGAGUGGUCUCUCUGUCCUUGAAAGUGGCCCUCCGGCUUGGCUAACGGGGCAUUUCCAGAUGAAGGAGUUUGGGGCGGGGCCGUACACUCCCCAGCAAUGUGAAGCCCAAUUGCGAUACCUCGACUCGCAGAAGCGGGACCGUAGCGCAGGUCCGCGGGCUCGAAAACGGUCGUGGUCGAAGGCGGCUCCCAGCAUGGCCGGCGGUAGUACAACAUAAGUGUUUUGGGACUUUUGGCCGGGGGCUUCUUGGCUUGGGAGGGAUGUUGAAGCGCAUUAUUUGAUUUCUUUGGGGUUUGGGGG